GGAGGUGAGGGAGGGCGGGGUGAGUGCCAGGCAGGGACGGCAAAGUCUCCUGCAUCGUCUGUAAAUAUGUCAGUGUGCCAGUGAGCCCCAGUGAGCCCCGCAACGCCCCUGCUGCCGCCAUGGGGGAUAGGAACUCCCGCAGGAUAAUAGAGCUGGCCAAACUGGUCGGCAACAGUGUUUGUGGCGACUGUGGAUGUUCCAAUCCAGAAUGGGCAUCUUACAACCUUGGCGUGUUCAUCUGCACCACCUGCGCCACCUGGCACAGGAAGCUGGGAACCCAUGUGUCCAAGGUGAAGCAUCUCAAGCUGGACAAGUGGGAUGAUGAGCAGGUGCAGAAUAUGGAGGAGAUAGGGAACGAGAAAGCUAAACAGAAAUAUGAGCAACACGUCCCUCCCUGCUACAGAGUGCCUAAGCCAGGUGACCCUCCUGUGUUACAGGAGCAGUGGGUGAGGGCUAAGUAUGAGCGCCAGGAGUUUAUACAUGUGGACAAACAGACGUACAACACCAAUGAAAUUGAGGGACGGUUGAUGAAGAAGGCGCGAGAUGAGAACAAGUAUUACGAGAGGAAAUUUUCAGUGUCGGAGAAUUGUUUGAAGUAUUACAAUAAGGAGAAUUCUAAGGAGCCCAAAGUAACCAUCACCCUUUCGGAGCUGAGCGUUUGCCUGGCGCCGCCCAAGAUGAAGCAGAACAACGGCAUGCAGCUCUCCUAUAUGUGUGAUGGCUCCACGCGGCACAUCUAUGUCUACCACGCCUCGGGGGAGACUAUCAUCCACUGGUACAUGGCUAUCCGGAAUAUCAAACUGAACCGUCUCCUUGUGGCCUAUCCAAGUGCAACGCCGGAGGAGGUGGUUCCUUACUUAACCAAUGACUUCACGAUGGAGGGCUGGCUCUCCAAGACAGGCCCCAGCGAGAGGGAUGCCUACCGAAAGAGAUGGUUCACUCUGGAUGACCGCAAGUUAAUGUACCACGAGAACCCCAUGGACCCAUACCCAAGAGGGGAGAUCUUCCUGGGGCACAAGGAUGACAACUAUUCUGUGAGUGAGGGUGUGCCAAGAGGCUGCAAGGAGCAUGACUGUGCCUUCUCUCUGGUCACCCCUGAUCGGACGUUUGUCAUGUCAGCGCCGACACGUGAGGAGCGAGCACAGUGGAUGAAGGCAAUCAACACCGUUCUGGAGCGACCCUUGCGGCCACAGGACAAUCAGAUGGCGGUCAACUUGGUUCGGAAAAAGCCAGGCAAGUUCAGCUUAGACAUCUUCAGCUUAGGUUAAGAGCGGAUUCAUUCCACCCCGAUCAGUCGUGCUUCAGAUGAUACUAUGCUAUAUCUCUAUUUUCCGUCAGAUGUGUACGUAUACCACUGUAGUGUUGUAGUAGCUAGAUAGUUGUAGUAGUCAAUCCAAGUGCAAUCUAAUACUGUCAAGAGGUUAAUAUUAGACUCCUUCUCACCCCAGUAAGUCGAUUAUGUAUGCGCAUUUCUCCCUCAAGCUUAACAUUCUCCAAAUACUCCUCCGUGCUGCUCGACCCGUUACUCAGCUGGGUAGUGGUGGUGCGAUCGCUGUCUCUGUGUUGCUUCCAUAGUUUGUUGUGGUGGAUUAAUGACUGGCUGGGCGUAUGAUUGUUCUCCAGGUUUGUUAGGUUUUCUUUAAGAUAGACUGAGAAUCCAUUAUAUUUCAGUAGUUAUAGAUCCAUUUCCUCAGAUUAUGGAGCAUUCCACAGGAGACAUGCAUAUUUAGACUCACAACACUGGUUUCUGAUUCUAACACCAAUAUUUAAGCCACUCACAGCCACAUUUACACACUUCCAUACUCCACUCCACAGGCUUUUACUCCACAUUGCAUCCCUCAUCUCUUUACUCCACACCACACCCUCCUGCAUGAAAUCCCUUGCCCUACCACACUGCCUCACUCCACACCACACUCUUAAUAUAUACCACAUGAUAUCCCCCAUCACUCCACACACUGUCACACUCCAUAUCUCACCCUACCACUCACAUACCACACCCUGCCAUCACAUCCUAGUCAUCACACCUUGCACUCGUAAAUUAAAGCAAAAGGACCAAUUUAUUUUAUUCACAACUUGAAGAAAAAAUAAAGAAUUCCUAAAUUGCAACUUGAACUGUCUUAUCUAAAACAAAAAUUACAAAAAAAAAUCAAAAUGUCAGAUUGAAUCCUAUAUACCUGAGGCAAAAUUCUAUGUAUAGAGAAUCCUCUGUGUCUCUAAUACUUUCACUGUUCUUAUUCUUUGUUUUCAUUCAGAGCACAGUUUGUUUGUUCAGAUAGACACACACACAAGAGAAAGAGAAUGGAAGCUUUACUGUAGAAGUUAACUGUGUCUUUUCCAGGCUACAGAACUACUUAGAGACUGUAGUACAAAUCUAAGUGUCUAAGAAAUUAACUAUGAAAAAUAUUAUGAAAGGGUGAAGAGUUUGACUGACAUGUAGCACUGUAUUCCCAAAACAUUCAUAACACUCUCCUCUCUUCCUGGAAAAAGUUAGUCUGAUUGGAUUUUGUUCUCAUGGGUAAAAGUCCUUCAUCUCGCUUUGUGUGUGUCGCUUUAAGUUGUCAGGAACGAACAAACAUAGCACUGUAUGCCACAAAAGCUUCCUCUGUUCCUUGAAAAGUCAAUACAUCAAAUCAGAUUCUGCAUGUCUGAGUGGUGAGCUCUUUCCUCUCUCCUCCCUCAGAGUGUGUCUCUUUAAAAGGUCAACUGGUAUCAUUCUCUGCCAAGUUUCUGUUCUUUUUUCAUCAUUUCUCCUUAUGUACUUCUUAACUGGAGAAACUUAAAACUUGUAUCCAUUCUCAUCGUAGUGUUUCCAGUCAGUGAUGUAAUUUUUUGCAAUAUUUACUUGGAGAAACUUGUAUUUAAUUUCCAUUCAAGUAUUUUCAAUCCGUAACUUAACUUUAUAAUCUCCACAUGGUGUAAAAAUUUUGAAUUGGAAAUAUUUACAUGGAUAUAUUAAUUUUCAUUGUAAUAUUUCCCAUCAUUAGCUUUAACUUUUCAUAAUUUCUACCAAAGUACAUUGGAUCAGACAAACUUGACUUCUAUUCAUUUCCAUUCAGGCAUAUUCAGUCAACUUCAGUCAUCUUACAUUUUUUUUUCUACUGGGUACAUGUUUUCUCUUAUCUAUCUGGAGGGCAUAUUUAUUAAUCCUCCUUUUCUUGGUAUCAUCUUGAGUCAGUAUCUGGUCUUGAGUCUCAGUUCAGAGUUCAUUGGAUGAUUUUGAAAUGGUACAUCAGAUGAGUCAUUCAGAUUUGAGGCCUUAUUUCUAAAUGUAAAGCAUUCAUUAGUAUACACAUGAAAUACAUACACACAAGGACAUUCACACACAUACAGUCACAUAUUCAGUCAUAUUCACAAUCAAAAUAAGCCAAGUCCAUACAUUAGCCAUGGAGGGUAUACGUGUUAACAAUGAUAAUAACAAUAACUGUAUUUUAUCAAACCUCUUGGUGUUAGUCAUACUUUCUAAGACGUAUCUUAUAAAAGCAUAUAAAUUAACACAUCACACAUCAGUCCUGCCUCUUCCCAGACAUACCUGCAAACCACCUCAGACACUUCUUUCAAAAACAGUCACAGAAAGUCUCUCAAAUGUGGUAUUUCAAAGAUUUUCCAAAACUUCCUUUUGCAAAAAGAAAGAACUUAGAAUAAAUUAUGUUAACUUCUUUAAAAAAUUAUCUUAACUUCUUAGAAAAAAAAGUCAAAAAUUUCCUUCAACUCUUGUAUUAUGUUUUGCUAUUACAGCUUUUUCAAUUAGGAGAUAUUAUGAGAGUAAGCAGAGAAUGUUAGGGGAGGAGAGGCAUGGUGUGUGUGUGUGUGUGUUUGUGUGUGUGUGUGUGUGUGUGUGUGUGUGUGUGUGUGUGUGUGUGUGUGUGUGUGUGUGUGUGUGUGUGUGUAUGUAUGUAUGUAUGUAUGUAUGAGAGAGAGAGAGAGAGAGAGAAUUAGUGUUGUACUGUUAUAACCUCAAAUAAUUACAAAUAAGCUUAUACUACUACAUUGUUGAUAGCAGUGCUCAAAUGUAUAAUUGUUGCAUAUUCCAUAAGGUCUACCAGUAGAGGAGAGAUUGUAAUUAUCUUGAUUUUUAUCUAAGUAGCAAGAAAGAAAACAGUAGCUGUAUUCCCAAACGUUUCCUUGUUUCGACUAAUUUAGGCUGCAGCAGAUGAUAUUGUGGGUUUCCAAGGAUAUCUUCAUGAUUCUAGGAAUAGUUUGAUACAGAUUUUGCACCAUCAGUUAAAAGAACAUCUAUGGGAACCCAACCAUUAUCAUCUUUGUGGCGUUUGAAAGUAAUCCUGACAAGAGAAAGCAUUGAAGAAUACAGACUGGGGCAUGUUGCACAUGUAGAAGGAUGGUGGUGGGUGCACAAGCUUUUAAGGUGGUAGGGACAGUGUGAAGGCAAGAAACCCCAAAAAACUCUCAUUAAUAUCAAGUUGAAGUUACAGAGCAAUUACCAAGAAAGAGAUGAAGUGUUGCAUGAUUAAAUUAUCUGGAUGGUGAGGAAGUUCAUGAAGAUUUUAGGGACAGUGUAAGGAAGGAGAACACAAGAGAUUUCAGGAUAUUAAGAGUGUAUUAGUGUAGAAAAGAAUAGCUUACAGUGUUCUCAGAUUAAGUAUAAGCUAGCUACAGAUGCACAAGGUGAUAAGAAUAUAGAGUGAUGAGAGAAGACAAAAGACAGACAGGAAAUCUUUGUUAUAUUAAGGUGUACUAGUGUUAAAGUAAGGGUGCAUUGCUAUCAGUGUAUUGAAUAUGUGUUGGCUAAAGGUGCACUAAGUAAUGGGAAUGCAGUGUUGUGAGAAGGCAAAAGACAGAAGUAACCUUUCCAUGGUAUUUGGGGUAUUGUGACAAGAAUGACAUGCAUUGUGCUCUGAUUAAUAAUGAGUGACAUAAAUUUGAGUUCCUGAAGUUACGCAAGGUAAUAGGGGAAAACUAAGCACAAAGGAAAUGAGCAUGGGAGUAUAUGUGACUCAGUGACUGUAUUGAGAGAGUGUCAUAGAGGGAAAAGAAGGAAACAGUGGAAGUGAAAGGGUGCAGCCUCUCAGAUGAGUUGGUCCGAGUGAAGUUGAUGUGAAUUUGCUCAGAAAGUGUUAAUCCCUGCAGCAUUUACAUUCUGUAUUAUCGAUCUCUAGACAGUCCCGGUGCAUGGGGCAGUGGCAAUAAUGAUAACACCAGUAAUAAGAGAGUUUAACGAAUACAUACUUAGCAAUACUACACGUGUUCAUGGUCUAGUUACUGAAGUUACCAUGAGAAAAACCAGUGUAUGAGUAAGAUUUGUAUUAAGAGUAACACAUAGAUAUAUAUAUAUAUAUAUAUAUGAAUAUUAGACAUUAUUUAGUAUGUUAUUAGUGUGUACACAGAUAACCCUUUGACAUUGAGACAGCACAUUUAUCAUUCUGUUUGUGUAAUGCUAGGUGGAGUCAACGGAAUAAUGCCACAGACACUAGAAGGUUUGAAGUGUUCAGUCGAUGGUGCUUCAAAAUUGUCAAAGGCAGCUCGCUUCUUGACAAUGAGAACUAGCACCUUCAUUAUUCUGUUCAGGUAGUGCUAGAUGAAAUAAAUGAACAGAUUAAGCUGAAGACAGUAGAAGGUUUGUGUUCAGUUAUUCCAGUUUCAGAAUUGUCAAAGGCAGUUCACAGUUUGAGAGUGAAACUGACACCUUUAUUAUUUGAGAUGAUUUUACAAGAGUUGCUAUGAACACUAGAAGGCUCGAGGUGUACAGUCACUCCUGCUGUCCAUGGCUUCAAAAUCAUACCCAAACCUGUGACAUGUUUUGAUGUCAGAGUGGUCAGAGGGUUGGUUAUACGUAUUCAUCCGGAGAAAUACAAGGUGAUGAGCAUAAGUCGUCAUUCUGAUUCAUACUGUGUUCACUAACUGUAUGCUGUAGGAUUUAUAUUAAGUAUUUGUACAGUUUGCCUAUUAUACACUUCAUGUCUACAUCUUCAUUUUUCGUCAUUAUAUGCAACUGGAGAAUCUCGUAACCUUUGUUUUGUUUAGGUAUUUAUAUUGUUUGUUCUGUAAGAUUCUAUUCAACAGUACAGUCAAGGUCAGAGGUCCAAUAACAUUCCUCACUCAAUUCAUCACUUAUACUAUUUCUUAUUUUCUUGUAAUUUUGAUAUUCAUUUUUCAAAAUUUGAUCUAUUCUAACCUAAUUUUAAUCUUAAUCUUUUGUAAACCUGAAAAUCUUAAUCAUAAUCUCUAUACUUCACCUAAAAAAGAUAAUAAUAAUUUCAUGACAAAUAUAUCACUAUAAAAAACAUUCACUAAAACCAUGAGCUAUAAAUCUUUGCAGUGAUUAUCUUUCUUCUCUUAUCUUAAGAAUGAUGACAAUAUGACCUUCAGUCUAUCAUAAAGUUCCACAGAAUUCUUGACACCUAAGAAAUAGUCAGCCAAUCAAAAGACAUAAAAUUAAACAAUAAAGAAGACAAAACAAUAGUAAGCACAUUGAAAUGCUGAAAAUUAUAAGACUUGUGACCUCAACUGUACAAUGAAUGAAGACUGUCAGAUAAGUGCAGCUGAUUUUAUUGUGUGUCACAGUGCAAAUAGGGAAUCAGAUGAAGUGUUAUAGGGAUAGGGGAUCUGAUUGUGUGUCAUGGAGUGAGAAAAAGAUCUCAUGAUAAUAGUAGAGGAUCUGAUGAAAGCUACAAAGGAAUAUUAGUUUAGAUGAAGUGUUAUGUUAGAAAACAGGAUCUGAUUGUGUGUUAUGGUGCAAAAAGAGGAUCUGAUGAAAAGUUAUACAGAGAAUAGAGGAUUAGAUGAAGUGUGAGGAGAAGAAAAGAAGAAUUAAUAAAGUGUUACCAUAGAAUAGACAAUUAGUUGAAAUGUUAUGAUAGAAUAAGGGAGAAAUAUUAUGAUAGAAUAGAGAAUUUGAUGGAGUGUUAUAUCAGAAAAGAGGAUCGCAAAUACUAGAUAUCCUGGUUACUAGAAUGAUGUUAUGGGGGUAUGAUUAGAUGUUUAUGAGUAGUACAUUUCACUAUAGACACUUGGUUAAUUAGUUUGAAUCAAUAAAGGUGCAAGAUGUUCUGGUUUUAAGUCAGUGUAACAAUAGCAAUUUGUUUCAUUGGUCAGGGUGUGAAAUUAUGUAGCAUUCGAUAAUCGUCAGUGCAAAACAGCUUAAAAAAAAAUGUGAUACCAGAGUAUGUGAUAUUAAAAUGGAAAUUGGUGAUUGGUUAAGUAGUCUUGGAGUAGUUCAUUUGUCAAGAGGAUGGGGAUAUAUUGUUGUUAUUAUUAUUAUUAUUAUUAUUAUUAUUAUUAUUAUUAUUAUUAUUAUUAUUAGCUUGAGUCUCAGGUCUGCAUUAACAAAUUUCUCAGUGCCUUAUCUUUGCCAUAUUCAACAGGCCCUAAUGGAAGUUAUUGGGGUUUUCAAAGAUGAUAGUUCAACAGGUUUUAAUGGAAGUUAUUGUGGUUUUCAAAGGUGUUUUCAUGAUUUCAGCUAUAGGUCAACAGGUUUUAGUGGAAGCUGUUGGGGUUUUCAAGGGUGUUUCAUGAUUCCAGUAACAAUUUAAUGGGUUUUAGUGGAAGUUAUUGGGGUUUUCAAGGGUGUUUUCAUGAUUUGAGCUAGAGUUCAACAGGUUUUAGUGGAAGUUAUUAAGGUUUUCAUAGUUUUUUCACUGAUUUAGAUGAUAAUUUAAUGAGAAUAACUUUGAAAAUCUUUAAUGGUAGUUAUUGGAUAAGUUUUGGCAAUAUUAGUGGCAUUUAAGCAAAGAUUCUGCAUUGCGGGAAAGAAAGACAUCUGCAAAAAUGUUUAUAAUUAUUUCAGUGGGCUUUAUAGACAGUUGAGGUGAGCGGCACAAGUGUUUCAAGAUGCAGACUUGACGCUCAGAAUGUUCGUGUGUUUUGUGUCUGUGUGUGCUUGUUCUUGUUUUCUCACUUGUAGUUUACUUCACUUUGUUACUUUUUUUUUAUAUAUACAUUUGUUUAGCUCUAUUUAUUGUAGGAUUUUUUUUUUUUUUUUUUUUUUUUUCCUCGGUACUAUUAUUGUUCUUAUUCUCUAUGGUGUAUUUUGUCUAUUUUAUCUUUCUUUUGCAUAAUUUUAUACUUUUUAUAUUCUACUUCUAAGCUCAAUUUUUGGAAGGGGUGCAUCAGUACUAUUAUAUAUACAGUAUAUAUAUUAUAUUUUAAAACUCCAUGGGGUUAUUUUAUGUGUACAAAAUUAAUCUCAAUAUACUUAAGGGAAAAACAGUAAUAUUAUAAACUUUUAACUAUUUUCUCCUCUCAGCAAGUACUGUAUUAGCGCUUUCCUUGUACAGUUAAUUACUUAAAUCUUAUGGUUCUAUGAAAACUAUGUCAAUCUAAGUCAAUAAACUUUAACAGAAGCAGAAA